AUGAAUUAAUGGUGGAUUUGCAUUUGCGAAAAUUCUGUUUGUUCUAUGAAAGUACGACUUAUUGUUUCAUUAACAAAUGUUUAGUAAAUAAUUUGCAGCUUCAGAUAUUCUUAGGGUUCUCAAAUAUUUCGUCGUAUGAUAUAAUGCGAUCAGAUUCAGAGCUUUUGUGAAUUCUUUCAGGGUCGAGAUAACGAGGUUCAUUAUUUUAAAUAGGUAUUGCGAAUGUAAUCCCACCUUAUUAUAAAAAAUAAGCUGCGACAAUGUCUAAUAUCGCCCUUGACACUGUAUGAGCUGAGUGCUGCCGUGGUGGACAGCUUGGACUACCCUGACGCGUUCAAGUGGACGGAGACCGAUGUCGCCAAGUGGAUGGUGAACGUCGUCGGCUUGCCGCAGUAUAGGAGAUGUAUUUUCGCUAACAAAAUCAAUGGCAAAAGACUGCUGCGAAUGGAACUGCCGUCGUCUCUGCCUGACAUCAACAUACACGACUACGCUCAUAUUGCAAAAAUAACCGCAGAAGUAAGAAAGCUAUAUGUGACCGACUUCAUUCGUUUCUCGCGGAGCAUCGGCUUGCCGUUUCGGAAGCCGCUCACGCACUGCACGUGGUUCAAAGCCAGGACCGGCAUGCAGUGGGGGAUACGACAGAAUUGGACCAGGAGUGACAUACUACGAUGGAUGCAAAUUUUGAAUCCGAAACCGUUGUACCUAGACCACUGGGAUUUAGUAUGGUAUCAGAAGGCAGAUUUUCCAAAGACCAUGUUCGCAAGAAUACCGCGGGCUCCGCCGCGUGAAGUGCUACCUCACUAUGAACCCCCUGAGGAGUUCUGCAAUGAGUACCUGACCCCUCGAAGAUUCAGACUGCAAGCAAACAUUCCAGAAGACGCCCAACUCAUCUGGAUGGAGCAUAGACCAGGCUCACCGAACAGAAAGGAGCCCCUAACUAAAGAGGAAAAAAAGGCGUUGAAAAAACAACAAAGUAUUAAGCCCAAAGAUUCUCGACUGAUUCCUAAGAGACCCUGCUUGACCGGACUGUCUGGCAAGGACUUAAUACUGGCUAGAAGGAAGAUGCCCAAACCUAAGUUUUUGAGCGGUUUUAAGUGAGAAGGUGGUAAGUAUUAUGGAGGCUGGUGAUAUUGUAUUAGGUAGUAAUUUACAAGUUUAAUAAAGUUUUAGAAAUAA